CAACAGCCGGCGGCGGGCCUUGCUUCCCCUUCAGUCCUCACCGGGACACAGACAAAGUUACGCACCCGGAGAAAGGUCAAUCGGUCGACUGCUCAGCUCUUCGAGUACCGUAGCUCUCGUUAACCGCACUCUGUCUGCUGACCAGGUGGAUAAUAUCGUUCCUCUUAUCAAAUUCUUUAUUCAAAGAUCACCCUUUCUGUUUUUUUUUUUAAAUUAAUUCAAUUUUUGUUUUUCGUGCGUUCAUUCGUGAAACUGAACGGUUCGCGAGCAAGGUGAUAAACGGUCGCGUUAAGUGCAGAUAACGUUCGGUUAUUUUGGUGCCGAUGUAACGGGCUACGUAUCCAUCCGGGACCAUUUUACAUGAGAGUGCACCAAGUCAGCUGGUAAUUUUGUGGUACGUGGGAAGCAGAUGGGCGAAGACAUGUGGAGGCUCUGGUUCACGAAACUGCUAAUCCUAGCGAUCCUGUUGCUCUCCGUUGACGUGGAAACGCGAUCCCAGGAUAAUGGAUCGUUGACAGAAAUUAAAGCACCUAGGAUAGAAAGGGAUCUAGAGGGAGUAACCACGGUCCUCCUAGUCUCGGCACGACCCGGUAAAUCUGUUCCCCCGCUCGGUCUGCUAACGAAAACCGCGAGAACGUUCGUCCAGGACGGCGCUAGUACAGAGUUUGCUACCCAAGUAGUGGGUACCACCCUGGACAAUGGUCGUCUGUACGCUAGGAUACUGUCCACUUCGAGUAGGGUGUUCUACGAGAAGGAUCCCACACCUGAUUCACCCACUCCCUACGUAGUUUAUCCGUCAAGGACACCCAGCGACGAUUGGCAGCUUAGAGUAGCCUUGGAUAACGCUCCGAUCAAGGUGUUGAAGGAUAUCGAAGAUGCAAAGGAUGGCGAGAGCGACGAGAAGAGUUCCGAAGACAGCGAGAAGGCUGCGACGAAAUUGGAUGAACUUUCUAGAGAGAAUGAUAUAUUCAGUAGAAGAGAGCCGAAUUUGGAUCCCCAAAGAUUCAAACCUGCGAAGGUUAGACCAGCGGAUAAUUUACCGACCUACACCGUGAAGCACGAGUACGUGGGGAAUAGUUUCGAUAACUUUGAAGAGGAUCAACCGAAGAGCUUUAGGCCCAGAGUGCCGAAGAUCUUCAAGCCCCAGCCGAAAGCUGCAGUGCAGAAGAAACUGGACAUGAAACCACUGGCGACGGUAACCUAUCAUGGUUUCGCUGAUUUUACAACUACCGUCGGUGAAACGGUGAUUGUCUUCUCGCCAAGUACAUCACCGGCUCCUGCAGGUCGCCCAGCGACUACCAUCAAGGGAGACGCGACCUUGAGGCCAGACGAUGGGAUCGCUGUCGUGCAAAUCAGACCCACCAGCGUCGUAGCUACCCAAGAGAAGACUAUGCAUCAUCCUGGACGUAAAUCCGAUCCGAAGAGCGAAACGGGUGAUCCUCUUCUGGACGCCAUCAACAGAGCCAACAUUCAGCCCAGUGUCACGGAAGACUUUGAAGUUGAGUCCACUACCACGUCCACUGAACCAUUGCUCUUGAUACCAGAUGUGGAGACUGCUUCUCUGAAACCAACCGGACUCCUCAAAGUCUUGGAUUCAACUACUUCCAAGGAUGGCAUCACUACGCAUUAUAAGAGUCUGAUUUAUGGCACCUAUAUUGGUACAAACUAUGCACAGAUCAUUCAUACGUCAUCAAAUGUAUAUUUCUUUCCUGAUGAAGCAACUGCUAGUUAUGGUACCGGAGAUACUACCUUGGAUUAUGGAACCACUGGCACAGAGGAGCCAGAAAGUGAACAGGACACUACACUUGAGAUGACGACAGGUACUACACCCAGGGUGAUCACCACUAGCGAGGAAGCUCCUCCUGAAAUGAACGAAUUAACCACUCCGCUCAGAGACACCACUGACAGUGUGUUGACAACCCUGAAGGACAUCUUGGAGAGUGCCAGAAGGGUCCUAGGUACUACUGAAUCAGCAGCACCAACCUUGGACGAUGAGAUUCCUAAUGACAUAGUCCCUGGGGAUCCUCAGGGUCGAAGCAUCAAGGGAGGCAGCUCUAAUAAUAUCAUUGGACACAAGGGUGGCAAGGAUAAUGUGUUCCAUGAACCCGAAGAGAAGAUUACCCUUGCUACCAAGCUUCUUCCAUCUACAGUGUACAAAACGUUCACUUAUUUCACCACGUUCUUCAUCCCUGACGGUGAUCAGACUACGACUUCCAUACGUUCUAGAGAAGUGGUAUCAUCAGAGGUCAGCUAUUUAACGGAAUUGAUUCUACCUAGUGCAACUGUGACUUCUGUCCUUCCAACAGCAGUUACCGGACCACCAAAGACAACGACAACUCCUAGUUUGAUCAGUGCGGUUGAAGAAGAGCAAACUACUAAACAGGAUGAGGAAAUAGAACUGAUAUUCAAGACUCUGUACACGACGUACACGUAUUUGACCACCUUCUUCCAGGAGAGCUCCUCCAGCAUCUCCAGUCGUGAAGUUGUUGAAACGAAUGUGAUCACACAGACCGUUGGUCCCAAUGGAGUGUCUGCCGUGGUUGCUGGCUUGUUCGGAAAGGAUGAGUCCAGUCUAAUAGCGCCAACAAAGAUCUCGGACAGUGUUUUACCUUCGACAACUCCUCAACGCGAAGAGGGUACUGAGAAGUACCCAACCACCUUGGAACAGACGACUGAGGAAACUCUGACCACCCUGCAGGAGCAGGACACCACCACCGAUCAUAAUAUUCCCACGGAAGCAGCAGCCAACAAAGACUUUGAAGAUACUAAGCAAACUGUUCCUGAGAUUGAACCAAGUCCAACUCCAGCCUUGCCAACGCAAGAAGUCAAGGAACAGAUCAAGACAUAUUACACCACGUAUACCUACUUCACCACCAUUUUUGUUGACGAUGAGACCGAGAUUGAAACGAGAACCGAGGUGUUUACCAAUGUUGUCACUGAAACUAUUCAGCCAACUGCAGUGGUACCAGUCGUUCAAGAAACCCUGAAACCAACCACACCAAAGGCAGACUCUGUUGACAAGCCAGCUGUUCCUCCAGAGAUCCUAGCCUAUCUGGAAGCUCUUCAAAGGCAGAAGUCUCAGGAAGAGGCUCUUCUUUUAGCAAAGAAGGUGCAGCAGCAGGGGCCUAGUACUCUUGAAGAAGCUGCAACAGUAGCUGAGAUGAAGGCAGAGACAACAGUGGAAUACCCUACCACUCAGGAAUCCACUACUGAGAAGAUUGAUCUGUUUCGUGGAUUUGAAGUAAACGCUCAAGUAACACCCAAUCCUCCAAUGGAAGGAGAAGUGUUAGGAUCCAUGAUCACUGAUGUAGUCUCUUCUUCAAGUUCUGGUGGUGGUACGCUGUUGGAUGUGAUGGAUAAGAGAAACGCUGUUCCAGAAGAUCAGGAACUAUCUGAAUCGAACCAUCAUGAUGUAGAACCUGCUCCGACUCUUCUUCUUCAAACCAGUUACACGACCUUUACUUAUUUCACGACGAUGUACAAGGGUGAGGAAUCAAACGUCGUCAGUCGUCUGGAAACUGUCACCAACGUCGUGACUGAGACCAUCAGACCAACUGCUGUGGUACCCAUGGAGACGAGUACUUUGCCAGUCACUUACUUCACCACGUUCACUUAUUGGACGACCUUCUACAAAGGUGGCGACACUGUCACUACCAGCCGAGAGGAAACUGUCAGCAACGUGGUGACCCCAGGUGUCGCACCCACUCCUACCGUCGAACUAGGUGUCAUUAUGACUUACAGACCAACUACAUCCUUCACCGAAGAUGGUUCUUCCGAUGACAAAGAAUCCAAGAUCACUGCUGACAAUGAGGUUACACCAUCCAUCGUUAUCCCUAUUGAAAAUGUGAAAACAGAGGAACUUGGGAUUACUUCUAAAGAUAUUAGUACAACUCCUUCUGAACAGAGCGUCUCAGAAUCCUCGACAAUUUCACCCGAACCUGUCACAUAUUAUACUACCUACACCUACUUUACAACUUCGUACAUUGGAAAUGAGACAAUCUUGAAUAGCAGACUGGAGACUGUCACUAGUGUUUCCAAUCCCGAAGUUGCUGCGACCCCGCAAUUGGCAACUGGCAGGGCAAUCGAUGGACCAGUUUACCAGCAGAGUUUGGCAACCGUAGAGAAGCCAGUCACUCCAUCAAAGUCUAGCGAAGUUCCAAAGAUAGGACUGAUCUCUACGGUUCGAUCCAGUCAGGUUAAUGAUGGAACGACUACUCAUUACAUGACAGAUGUCCAUGGGACAUAUAUCGAUGGUCUGUAUGCUCAAGUCGUAGAAAGUUCAACAAGAAUAGAGACACCACCGCUACCAUCUUCAUCAAUAGCCACUCCAGUUCUUCCAACAGGAGUUCUGUCAAUGAAUAAAGGGAGUGUGGUCGAUGCUGAUGAGGUUACCACGAUUUAUUUCACCACCAAACAGAUUGGUACUCUGUUAAAUGGUCUAUAUGCCAAGGUCAUUGAAAGUACUUCAAGUACUAAGAUUGAUGAAGAAAGAAAGGCAACCAUUGCGCCCGUUCAUGGUCAUCGAACUGGUCUGGUGAGGCUGAUACAAGGUCAAAUUGAGAAUAAUGGAACUACCAUAUUCUAUCAAUCUAAAGUAAUUGGGACCAGUAUCGAUGGUAGAUACGCCCAGAUCAUUGAAAGUACUUCUAGCUUUCUGUCAACUCCAACCAUCAGUAUCGCGCCAACAUCGACAUUGCCACCUACUAAACCUACAGAGGUCCCUGAAAUAUCACCCUCACCUGCGGUGAUCCAGUCUUCCUUAUCAGAAGAUCCAACCACCGAGUCUCCUGAUCAAGAUAAUGACUCUGAGCAGAAUGAAGAUAGCGAAGAAGAGAACGAGGACGAAGAUGGACAGAGUUCUAAGAAGAAGUCCAGACUGACGUUCUCGACGAGGAAGAGAACCUUCACACCAGCGAUUAGGCCAUUCGUCUCCAGGAGCAGACCGACCUUCAACCCGAAGAGAAAGGGCGCACAAGGUGCGACUACCAUCACCAGAACGGAUGCGACACCUACAAUAACAGCAACUUUAGCUGGAAAGGGUAAUAGAUUCGCCUCGUCCAGGGGUCGAAUCAGUUCACCGAUAGGUCCUUAUUCUUCGACGCUGUCUCCAGCUGGUUCCAGGAGGUUUGCUGGAAGAAGAGGAUCUCCAAGUACUGCAAGCUCUUACGCCUCCUCUAUUGGAAGCACCAGAGGCAGACCUCAGUCUAGAAUAUCGCCAUCUUCUGUAUUCCAAGGAAACAGACGUGGUCCAACUUCCAUCAGAGGUUCUUCAGCUAGGGCUGCGACUCGUGCAUCCAGUUCUAUUUAUCCUGGCACGUCCAGCAGGUACAGGCCACCAAUUAGAGCCUCCUCGACCCUACUUCGAGGACAACCGACUGUCAAACACGAUGAUCAAGAGAAUGAUGCUAACGAGUUCACCACUACGACUUUGGUGACGGAGGAGACUCUUUACACGGACGAUGUGGAAGGUGGAGAGACUGUGACGACACCGUUGCAGACUACUACAGAGUCACCGAGGAGAUCGACGAAUCCUCUGCUCAGAUUCCGUAGACCGAUUAAUCUGAAUAGUUCUGGAAGAAGUGGCACUACUCCAAGGCCACCCACGACUACAAGAAGAAAUGGAAAUUUAAGUAGAACUACUACACCGAGUGUUUCUAAGGUCACUAAUGCUCGUGGAAGAGGUAAUGCAGCAGUUUCAACUAGACCUAGACAGAGCAACACUGGCUUGUUUCCACCUCGAGGGUUAUUUGGAAAGAAACCCGAAUUACCUAUCGAAGAACAGGCUGAACCCGAGGAGGUAGAUGCAGAGGGCGAGGAAAAUUUCGAGGAUGAUCCUGUGGAGGAGAUAGUGGAUAAUGAUUACGAGGGUUCUGAACACGAAGACAGGACAUCCUCUGCGAAUGUCAAUCGAAGGUCAGGCAAAUCUAUCAGACCUGCGGUGCAAAUCAGACCGUUUAAUAGAUUAAGAAGAACUCGCCGACAGGCAAGUCAGUUGAGGUCAUUAACCAAUCGUUUCCGUCGACCUGGUCAGCCGAUUUCAAAGGCUGAAGACAGGAUCGAUGUUGUCGAGAGUGCAUCCAAUAAAGAGGAGACUACGAAGGUCACUUCUAAACCCAUCGCGCGUUAUAAUAACCGAGGAAGAUCUCUGACAACCUCUCGACCCCCUUCCAAGUCCAACAGCCCUGAAAAAACCUCAGCAGAGUCCGCAGAAUCGAGUCAAAAUAAGGUUAGAAACAGAAAGCAGUCCAAUGGUGAGAGAACCUCUUCAUCCAGAAUAAAACCAUCGCCAACAUCCAACAAUGGCAGACAGUUUACUCUAAGAGAGAAGGACGGAACGUCCGCGAGUAGAUCGAACUAUAAACGACCCAGCUCUUCAACGUCCAGAUCAAACACUAGGUCCUCAAGUAAUUCUGACAGAGUAAGACCUCCAAGGUUACGAAAUAAUUCGAACAAAUCAUCCGAAUCGUCGAGUUCAAGACGAGUACCCCCGUCUCGUGCUUCCUCAAGGUCGUCGAGUAGGAACGGUAGCAAAAGAGGAUCCUCUUCGCAGAGGCCGCGAGGUUCCCGCGAGGACAUUAGGGAAUCGCCCACCAUUUACCCAGACUUUGACGGGACGAUCACGGUAACCCAUUACGUGCCCACCGAGGUGACGAUCCCCGUUGUAAAUAACGGAAUCACGGAACAUAGAAAUAUUAUAACCGCUCAGCCUAGCACCGAGGUGCUGGCUCCCUCUCAAUACAGCACUGUGACAGGUGGAGACGGCAGACCGCUGGUAGUGAUCGUUAGCGAAGUUACCGGUACUAACAUACAAGGUCAGACCGAGGUAACUCGAUUCUUAUUGCACGAGACGCCCACCACUCGGCUCUCCCACACGUUGACCACCCUAGGUGGUCGUAGAGCCUCGCAGUCCGUAAUCGUACCGACGACCGUGUACUCCGUAGAGAACGUAGUGUCCACCAUACAGCCUUCCAUACCCGAGAAUGCUCCUCUCGCGAACAUUCUGUUGUCGCAGUUGCUUCUGGGUCAGUUAGGUCAGGCUAACCCUUUGCUGCAGCCGCAGGGCACGCCGUCCACCCAGUACAACACGCGCACCACCUCCUACGUCACAACCAUAACCAAGCAACAGAGCACCGUGAUUCCGCUCACUUUCCGCGGCAAAGAGAUCCUGACCACCUUGGUAGACACCUCGACCGACGUGAUCACCGCGACAGAGUUCGUCACAGACACGGUGGUGGUGACCCCGACGGCUGCCCUGCCAGCGGCUAACCUGAACUCGUUGCUGCUGCUGCUUCAGCAACCCCAGCCGCCAAAGAACCCUAAUCCUCUGCUGGAUCCUGUGUUCGCCGCGCCUCCCUUCACCCAAAGCAACACGUUACCGGGAGAGGUAGAGAGGAGGCAUCAGCCGGCUGAUUCGGACUACAAGCACGACAGCUAUGAGUAUUCUGAGGAGGAAGACGAUGUACAGGAGUAUCAGAAAUCAUCGAAACCGUCAAAAUCGUCCAAGCCGCGUAACAGUCGUGGCAAAUACGAAAAGAAAGAUGAUCACUCGAGUACGCCGAAGGAAGAGUCCAGCGUGGUGACGCUUUACGUAUCUGGUCGCAGGCCUGGAGAGUUCAGUACUGUUCUGAGCACCGUGAAAGUGAGCGAUGCGGCUAGUUCAUCGAGGAGAAGAAGGGAUACUGGCCAGGAUGCCCGUGUGGAGGUCCGACCUUCCAUUCCAGCGUCGUUACACGCGGGACCGGAAGAGAUCACUAUCCUAGCGGGUAGCGAGGACUCGAUGGACGCGCACGCGCCGACACAGAGUCUCGAGAGCGUAGUGGGUGACAACGUCGUCUUUUCAGAUGACUAUCCUCACGACUACCAGCUAAGCAACCCUGAUAACGCACGCGAUAGUAGUUGGUCGUCCAGGAUACUCACUGGCGACGACUACUUCGAAGAGACGCCGAGAAAACGAGUCAGAAUACGCGUGCCCGUGGUCAGAAAGAACGGAAGACAGCAUAAGUUGACUGUCGUUAGACGCAGACCUCUGCCGCCUAGAACUGAAGAGCCUUCUUCUUCCUUUAUGACCGCCAGUCAUACACCUAGAAGGAUCGUGGUGACCCGAGUUAGGACUCUCGGCCUGGCUAACUCUAUUCAGAGUGAUCUGGAGCCUGAGAACUUCCGACCAGAGAUUGGACGGCACAAGGUCACGAUUACUAGAAGAAGAAAACUCGAAUCGACUAGCGUUUUACCAACGACUACCGAGAAGAAGGCUAGAAUCACCAGGAAGAAGUUGAUUGCCGUCAGACCCGUCCAACCGACACCCACUUUCGCGAUCAUCACCACUGGGUUCUUCACUCCUUCCUCGGAGUACGAUGAGGAAUAUGCUGAAGAGGCAGAGGAAGAAGAAGAAGAAGAAGAAGAGAAUAAGGAAGACGUUACUUCUACAGUCACUCCUGAGUUGAAGGAACCCCCUAAUGUUAUUGAUAGCGAACCUGAGGAUCUAGAAACUGAAGAUAAGGUUGAAGAAAGUACAUUGAAAGUACUGGAAGAAACAACUACAGAUACACCCGUAAUCAUUACAACUAACUUCUUCUUCCCGCCUUCUGAGGAUGAGUACGAAGCGUAUGAUGAAUACCCGGAAACGACAACUGAAAAUGUUAAAGAUGAUGUUUCAACAACGACCAAGUCAGAGGUUGAAGAUGUAUCAUUUGAUAAAGAAGAAAUCACAACCACGACAGAAGCUCCUGUUGUAUCUGAGAAAGAAGAAACGACGACAGAAAUGAUCGAAACAACGACUGAGAAGUCUGAUGAAUUAUCGACUGUAGAUUCAAUUUCACUGGAGAAAGAUGAAGAGAUGAUUGCGGAAGAACAUUCGACUACUAAGUAUCCUGCAACUGAAGAAGAAAAUGAAGAAAAUCAACGCGCAACGACAGAAUCGGUGCAAACAACUGAUGCAGACGUUCCUGAGGAACAGUUUGAGACAACUAUAAUACCUGAAGAAGAUACUACAAGUACUGGAAAAGUAGAAACUGAUGGUAAUACUGAAUACCCAGAAUCAGAUGAUCAUGAAACUCAAAUUGAAUUUGUAGAUGACGAAGAAAAAGAAGAAGAAGAAGAAGAAGAAGAUAUUGACUCUCAUGUUACAACAAUUUCAACUGAAGUUGAAGAUUCUUCGACGAAAGAUACUGAAGAUUCUCUGGAAAAGGGAAUCGAAUCUCACGUUACGACACCUGAAACCGAAUCCGAAGAACAUGAAGAUUCCAGCAAGAAGAUCGAGCCUAAUAUUACAGUAACUCAAACUGAAUCUAAAGAUAUUGAAGACUCUCGAGAGAUUGAACCUCAAGUUACAAUAAUUCAAACUGAAUCUAAAAAUGCCGAAGAAUCUCUAAUGACGAUUGAACCUCAAGUUACAGUAACUGAAACUCAAUCUGAAAGUUCUUCAUCGAAAGACCUUGAAGAACAUAUAAAGAAGAUUGAACCUCAAUCUACAGUGAUUCAAUCGUCAGAAGAUUCCGGACGAUCCCUGAAGGAGACCGAACUUCAGAUUACAAUAAAGACAGAAACCAAGGAUUCUUCAUCAAAAUACCCUGAAGAGUCUCUUAAGACGGACACAAAAUCCCACACUGGAAUCUCAAGCGUGAAACCAGAUACGGUAGAUAAAAAUCUAGAAAAGACUCCAGAAAUAACGAUAAAACCUGAAGAAAAAGAGGAGAUCCAGACGGUGAAACCAAUACAACCAACUAUCGAACCCUCUUCGACAUCACCCCCCGUUUCUCCACCUUCCUCUGAAGUUUUUUCCACGUUCGCGAGUGUCCUGCCUCUGGAGACGUCUCGAUCAACGUCUCACGACUCCUCGAGCCCGAACAUGUUCGACGACAUCGAAAUACCGAGCGUGAUUCCCCUGGAGGUCGACUAUACCUGGUCAGAAACAAAGAAGACCUCGGUGGUACUCGAGGUCACUCCUAGCCUCGAUUCGUCGAAGGUGGCCACGUCGAUCUCCUCGCCAACACCCGAGGACAUCGAGGCUGGAUUAGCUGACGACCUUUAUCUGUCCCUUUCGAGACCGGACUUUCCUGAGAUUUUACCCUCGAAACCCGUGACCGACGUGCACGAGACGCAAUCCACGCCCGACCUUGAACCGAGCACGAGCGUUUAUUAUACAGAGACCGUGGUGACGUCGACGCGAUUAAGGACGUACACGUACGUGGUGACGCAACAGAACGGACUGGAGACAAAAGUGACCUCCUCGACGACCGUCAGACCGAGAGUGACGACCCUUACGUUGACGGUGCCCGUCACCGUGACUGUCACUCCUACCGUGGAGACAACGAAACCCGUGUCGUCUGUGUAUAGUCCAGUUCCUGUUGCUGGAGAAUACGAAGCGAAAGAUGAAGAAGGUCGAAGGUUCAACUUGGCAACUCGUGUCAUGUCGAACGGAGUUGAGGUGAUCGUCGCCGGUCCGACACCGGCGUUACGAUGGGAGAAUUCUGUGCCUCAACCUACGCUGACAUUGUCCGACACGGUUGUCAUGAUGCUUCCUCAAGAUAAGCCCAAUGAAUUUGUUACCAAGACGUGUACCACCACCUUCACUUACUUAACUACAAUUACCAAGGACGGUACCACUACCAUAUCCACGGAACAACAGGUGAUAGCCAACACAGCGACGGAGGAACGUCACCGAAAACCAGGCUCAGAGACAGCAGCAGUUACCCUAGAUGCGUCGCCAACUCUACGGACAGAAGUCUUCAAAACGACCUACACCUACUUAACUCUAAACACUGAUCAUUCGAACAUAAAUGAUGCUUUAGAGAGCAGCACGAAAGUUAUAACAAACACUGUUACCGCUCCACAACAUUAUCUGCACAUGAUCCUUGAACCAUCGGAAGCGCCACGACCGGAAACGAACACAUAUCUCAGCACCAGGAUGCUGGAGAAGACCUUCAUGGAGGAUGGGCGAACCAGAAUCGAAACUACCAGCGAUACUGUCACUCAGCUGAUAAUCACAGAAUCUGCACCACCUCCUCGUCCAACCAGUGUAACAACCACUUUGACAGCUUUGGAUAGUACGGAGGAAAGCAUGACCGAUCUGAUGAAGACGUACUACAUCACUUAUACCUAUUAUAAUACCUUCUUGGAGAAAGGUAGUACGAUAGUUCGAACGAACGUCGCGACCUCGACCGAUGUUGUGCUGGAGAAAGUGCCUGUCAAGAAGACGACCACGAAGACAGCCUUGGUGAAUCCUACCCCGGAACCUAUACAGAUCUUCGCCACGAAGACGUAUUUGACGACAUUCACUUACUUCACCACGUUGCUUCAGGCUGGACCAGAUGGGGAGACCUCAACAACGAUCUCUUCAAGAUCUCAUAUAGUAGAAAACGUGGUCACGGAAUCGAUAGCACCGAGUUUACUGGAUGCUGGAUACAUGAAUGCUCUAUUGACCACUGCACAUCACUCUGAUCCAGUGAAGAACGUCGUUACAGGAUCGACGAUCAUAUUCUUCGACGAGGAGGAUCAGAUCGAUCCUACUACUACUAGUAGUUUCCAGGAAGCGACCUCUUUGAUGGAACCUCCGAAUGAUGAAGCGAUUUCUGCUAGCUUGGUGUCCACGGAAGCUUCUUCGGUUGUCGGUGAACAGAAUUUGAAGCCUUCCGAGCAGAACAGUCAAGAACAAAAUCUGACAACUUCCGGGGAGACUGUUCAAAAUAAAAAGCCUGCUAGUCAGAACACUAGUGAUCUUCAAGUGAGCAAUCUUCUCAGUCUAGGAUCUUUAGGAAUAAAUAGUUUGUCCGCUCUGGGACCAGUCAUCACAGCUAUGGCGGGUUUGCUUCAAGGAAAAACGACGGCCAGUCGAAGAAACGACACGAUACCGCAAGCGGAAGUUCAGGAAGUAACCACGCAGAGGUCACCGAUUUACAUUCCUGUGGGUGAGUUCGUCGAAGAAGAUAUAGAAGCAGCUGAAAGCCAAAACAUCGGUGCCCACCUGGCGAACUUAAAUCACAACUACAUAGAAACGCGUCACAAAGUGGCGUCCAGUUUAGCAGACGGCAUUCCAAUCUCCCCGGGCGAAGUGAUCACCGCGAACAGCGACGUGAUAAUCGGUAAACCAGGAAAAAUGGCACCGAGACCACCUCAGACAUUCUUAGAAGACGAAGAGCACAUCGGUAUGAAGCCACCGCCAUUACCAGUUCCCAAUAUACCCGUGCAUCCUGUUCUGGAAAUCCUGGAGAACGAUCGAGACGACUCUCAGCCGCAACAAACUCUUCAGGGUCACAAAGGACCACAGAUACAGAUAUACCCUGCUCAUCAAGUAUACGAAGAACACUUGAAGAUACCAGUGUCCAUGCCCAUCGACACGAAUCCAAGUUUGAUACCCAAACAACCUCAGAAAUUACAUUCUAUUCAAUCCUUACCACCAAAGAGGAUGGGUUCCAAGCAAGAUGUUCUGGAGAAUGAUCCUCUGUUGAAACCUCUGGAUAGACCUAAUGUUGAGCAGUAUGCAAAUCCGAAUUUGAAAUUGAACGAGCCGGAAUGGAGUCCUGACAAAUCGAGGAGACCAUGGAGCGCUAAGGAUCCUUUGAAACUUGCUCCUCCGCAUCCACACUUCGAUCAGAAGAUCGACUUGGUGAAGCCACCAAUGGAGAAACCAUGGUCCACGAUAGUAUCCGAGGAACAGAAACGACCACCAUGGGCCCAGAGAGAUCCCGUUAUCCCUAAUACUUCUACUGUUCUUCAAAGUUCAGAAUCAAAACCCAUUUCUGCAGAACCCAUAGUUCAUCAAGUGCCACAUGUUAUUGAUAGAUCGACGGGGCAACCUUUGUUGGUGAACAUUCAACCAAGUCAGGUGGCCAAUGUAGUGAUUCCUCAGGGUGGGACUCAGGCUUUGAUAUUUGGUGACACGAGUGAACCACACAUAAGUGGACAAUACUUUGAUGAUCCAUCUCCGUAUCCUGAAUCAGAAGUUGGAUUAGGAUUCGUUGGAAUUCAGGGGGUGGAGAAUCUGCCACAGUAUUCCAAUGGAAAGGACCCAGCUGACUACAUGGUGCCACCAUCUCCACCUCUAAAUUUCAAGAAUCCUGAGAAACAUCCUUCGCGACCAGUGAUCCCAUUGUCACCGGGUCGUUUUGAAUACAACAGACUACAGGAUAAACUCGAAGCUCCCGUGGGAAGACCCGAGAAAAAGCCAUCCGACGCCCACGUGAUCAAACAUCCUGAUGGUUCGAGUACACUAGGUGGACAAGGACACGUGCACACGGAGAUCCUGGUCCAUCAUAGGCCAGAAUCGGUGAACAUUCGUCCGCAAGGUGUUCCACAUCCUCCUCACGUGCAUUCUAACAAUCAUUUACCACCACGAAGUCAAUAUCCCAAACUCCCAAAGCCUGCAGACCCUAAUACUCCUCCAAGGAGGACAGAAAUGUCCACCAACCCAUCAGACAAUUCUCAUAGAUAUAUUCUUUUGGCGAAACCAGACUCUGGAAACGAGAUACUUUUGAAUACUAACUGGAAAUCGGAUAAGAAACCACCAAGAAUUAUGAUGAAUAAUAGGAUCAGGCCACGACCUCCAUUAAGAUCGACGACUAGUCGUCCUUUGGACAGGCCGAUCUAUAUUGAACGGCCGAAUGUGAGGAAACCUGUUUACAAUGUCCCUCAGAGACCCCCUACGAAGAAUCAGAAUUCAAAUACCUUUGUACUGUCUCAUCGACCACCGCCGAAUCCUCAGAUUCAUCAUGAACCACCUAGAAUAACUACGACUAAGCCUGGUGAUGGAUUGAAGGAGGUGGUCACUGAGAGGCCUUCUUUUGGACCUCGUCCUCAGCAUAUCGAUCUUCAAGAUAGGCCACCCCACUUCUACCAUGAAAACAAACGUCCAACGAAUGUUGUUCAGCUGAGACCUCAAGCUGAAAGAACAGAAGAGCAUCUUCCCACAGGAGCGAUAGAAUACCACAAUCCUUCCAAACCCAAGAUAAAACCUGAAACUACCAAGCCAGCGAUGAAUACCGAAAUUCCGAAUUUCGAUCAGAGUCCAUCGGACCAUCAAGGAAAACCAGACACCUGGCAGAGUGGUACACAGACCGAGAAGACUUUGGAUUCCGAAACUGAUGCUUCAGAAGAACACGUGAAAUAUCAAGAUACAAUGAUCAAUCAAAAUAAUAAUUCUUAUACAAUUCCAAAACCAGUGGAACAUAAUCAUCAGCAGCAUGAAAAUAAGAAACCUGCUUGGUUGAAUCAAGGAGCGCCAUUCACCCAGAAAAAUGUGCCCACAUCGACUCAAGUACCAUAUGGGCCAACUUACUACAAUACCAAACUCCACGAGAUGCCAAUAGUCCAAGGAAAACCAUUUGGCGUUUACAGUGGACACGAGGAUGCAAUGUCCUAUGGUUACAAAUGGAAAGAGGGCAAACCUGACUACGAGAUAGUUGAAGGUGUACCUUCCACUUACUACGGUACCCAGAAACCAUCGGUGGAUCACAAAACGCAAGGUGGACACACAUCCACUCCACAGCCUCAUGAACGAGAUGACACCAUAGACCUGAAGCCUCCAGCCAUCAUCCCUCAAUUCAUGCCCGACUCUGAUAAACCUGGCAGACCUUAUCCCAGACCAUCUGUAGCAAACAAAGCGGAAACUAGGCCUCCUUUCUACUCCAGACCGGAAGUUUCAACUCAGACAUCUGAAGCUAGACCAGAUCAGACGAAACAGUCUAAUGGGGAUAAACCAGGAACUCUGGAGUCUUUCACCAAUGACAGUGUUUCUCAGGGAAACAAAGUGAAUCAGAGUCACCUGCAAUUAACUGGUUUUGUUGAUUUAAAGUGGAACAAUGGUGCGAAGGUGUCACAGACUCAGGAUAAUAGGACAGAAAUCACGAAGACUCAUCAAUCUGAAGAACAAUACCCUCAGUCAGACAUGGAGAUGAAUUCAGAAAAUCAUCGUCCUCCAGUGUCAUCCCAUCAACAAGAAUAUGAUCCAGGGACCAGGAUCCAUCCAGAGUAUCCUCACAUCAUUACCAAACCCAAAGCUCAGGUACCUGGGCCAAUAACCAUCUCCAGUGAUCAUGGCAAACCUGAUACUAGACCAAAUAUAAGAAUCUCCAUGCCAGUGGAAGCGAUAGGUGAAGAAGUUGACAGUAAGACUCAAACUGAACGACCUCCCAGCAUGCUGAUCACGAAGAAUGAUUCCAUUGAUAAGAACAAGAAUGAUGAAACUCUAGAGACGUCUUAUCAGACGAACUUUGCAUUGUCAGACGCAAAUAAGGCUGAUUCGAACAAUGUUAGGAUUCGUCCUAUUGAAACAUCUACUGGAGACAUGUUGAGUAGCAUGGAGGGAAUGAGUGUGCCUUCCAGAGACAUGAUGCCACCACCUUUGAGGCCUGUUGUAACUUCCAAUCAGGUGAAUAACAAUGAAGAAGAGGAUUUGAAGCCACCACCUAUACCUUCGAGAGAUGUCGUUGGUCUGUCACCACCUCCUGUUGAUAUCACUACUACUAAUAGACCUAUAGAGGAUAGAUUUUCAUUUGGGGUUGCAAACGAGUCUGGAUUAAAACCUCCCCCUAAGUAUAUCCCUUUGAAGGACGCCACUGUGGCACCUCUGCCUAGUGUCAGCAUGGUACCACCUAGCCCUAGGCCUUCUGUCACCAGGCCUUUCAUCGUGGAACUACUUUCUCAGGACAUGGUACCACCCCCUCCAGUGACACAGACCACCAGACCCCUCGAGAUUGCCACUGUAAGACCGGCAGUGGCAGUGUCUGGAUCGAUCCAGAUCGCAACAGCAGUAGCCACGUCUCACAUCCCGGUGGUCCAGGAUAUGGAAUCGAAGAUACCGAUCAUACAUGGCACUGUCGAUCUUCCAGUUGUCGUGGACGUGCCUGAGAUUCUCAGACCGGUUGAGACAAGGAUGACGGAGCACGUUAGCAUCUACACCGUGAGGCCUUUCGACACGAGACCGGUGUCCAGAAUAUCGGUACAACCAACCGCGAUACUUACCACAAAUAUGGUAAUUCCAACGAAACUGAGACCAUUGCAAGUGAACCAUAUCCAACCGAGUAGAUCCUCGUCCACGAGUCGAGACGUUGAACCAACUAGAUCGCAUAACUUUGAGAUUCCCAGGAAUCCUGUGAAACGUCCAGAGCAUCCAGUCUUCCUGGAGUCUAGUUACGAUAAUAUUUUACCAUCGACCAGGGUGGAAGCCACGGAAACAUUGACUCAGGUGAUCACGAGCCAGAAGAAAGAGCCACGUCCUACUGUGACUAAAAAUGAAAGCACCAAACUGGUUGUGUCCCAUACAACAGAAAGCAAACGAACGAAUGAGACAAGUGUGAAGGAUUCGUCUAGCGUGGUGACUAGGACUGACAGUUCAAUCGUGAAAGCAACGAGCACUUUAUUGAAAAAUGAUAGAACGAAUGGAUCGAUAAUCAAGAUGUCGAAGAGUACAAGCAGUAGUACUGUGCGUAAGGCUGUUAAUGGAACUGCGACUAUGCGCACGAAACCGAAAGAGGUCACUCGAUUCCAGACGUCUACCGUAACGAGAACGGAAACUUCGGUCCUGGGUUCUCCGCCAACUAUACGAACCCUGCUUCUCACCCAUACUAUGACAUCUACCACAGUGGAAACUGUAACGGAAACACUGUUACGUCCGACAAGUGUGAUUUCUACAGUUACUUCUACUAUUCUACAAUCGGUGGUUACUAGGAUACCUUCGUCGUACGAGAAUGUGGUGGAUAACGAUUCGAUCUUCGUGGUGCUGAGUGAUCAGAAGCCACCGGCACCUGGAGCUGAAGAGGUGGAAGCUGAAUAUGGAGAUGAUGUAUCAAGAGACGAGCAAGAUCCUGUUGGAAACGAGGUGCACAGAGUUCUGGCUGGUGGAGUUCUAGGAGCACCUGUGGUGUCCCUUCAACCUAUCUCCAAUCAAUGUGCACCCGAGUGCAAAGCCUCCAGGGCGGAAAUGUGUGCGGAAGUUGGAAACGAGUUGAGAUGCAUUUGUCGGCCAGGUUUCGCGAGGAUGUUCCCUGAUCGUCCUUGCAAACCUACUUACACUUACACAUUGAGAGUUGGCCUGGAUCGAAUCGGACAUGAACCAGUGAGCUACGAAGCGAGCUUGAACGACUCAUCGUCCACACCUUAUAGAAGACUAUUAGGACCAAUCAAAGAUGCUCUGGAUCGAACUUUGAUGCAGAGUGAUCUAAGAGAUAUCUACAGAGGCCUCGAAAUAGCUGGCUUUACACCAGAUCCAACGAAAGUUGAAUUCCACGUUCAAUUAAGCGAUAAUGCUAAUGAAACUAGGUUGAAAGAGGUCCUUCGGAAAUAUUUGAUCAAUAGUAACUAUAGCUUAGGUGGGACUGAAGUGUAUGCCUCGAAAAACCUUGACGUGAUUGAUGCAACUGAUUUCGACGAAUGCACGACAGAGGAAGGUGGUCCCCAUCACGAUUGCUCGCAAAACGCAGCUUGCUUCAAUUUACGUGGAUCGUAUCAGUGUUCGUGCAAGGAGGGAUGGGCAGAUCUGUCCGAGAAUCCUACGUAUCCUGGUCGAGUCUGUUCUCAGGCUCCCCUGGGAUGUCCUAGCUGCAACAACAAGGGACAUUGUGUCACGAACACAAACGGUCAGGAAGUAUGCGAGUGUUUCCCGUGGCACAGUGGUCAACGUUGCCAGGUUAACCUGAAGGUGUUACUGAUAGCUCUGGUUACGACCGGGGCGAUACUGCUGGGUCUUCUAGCGGUGUGCGUGAGUAUGGCCUGUUUCCGUCAGCCGAAUCGAAGACGAAGAACAGGCGACAGAAGGGCGAUGAUUCCUGGAACUGGGGGAGAUACCAGCAGCGAGGGUAGUGUGACCGAUCUGGCGAUCCCUCACCAUGUGCCCCAUGUUCUACCCCCACCACCGCAGAUGAUAGCACCGUUGCCGCCCUCUAAAAGGCCAGCUCGCAAGAUCAGUGGUAAACCGAGACAUCCGCCGAGGAAAGCUACCAUGGUUCCUGCCACAGCAGUUCCAGUGAGCGACGAGCAAAGAGACCGUUCGUUAACAGUGAUGAUUCCGCGUGCCAAGUAUCGAUCGGCGCCUCAAUCACCGCAAAACUAUAAAUCCGGGAUGAGCACCUUCUCGACCGAGGAGCACAAACUGCUUAAUUAUCUCGAUAGCGGUACGCAUAACACCGGAAAUCGGAAGCAAAGCGUAUGCAGUACGAAAGAUUGCAAGGAAACUGAGGUGCAGGUGGUCAGGGCACCAGCUGCACCCAGUGGAGCUCUCGUUAGUGCGGGUUUCCAGGUGUCAGCGACAGUGACACGAACAAUGGACGCCGAUUCGACGUUGGCCAGGUCCUGCGGGGAGACCACAGUGGAAACAGCAACGAAGGUUCUACGAACCGGUGAUCUUCAGGGUGAUCUUUGCUCGACGCUGGCUCGUUCCUGUGGGGAGACGACCAUUCAAGCACCUACCAAGUUGUUGAGGCUCGAUUUAGGCGAAGCUGGCUCCACUUUGGCUAGAUCCUGUGGGGAAACGACCAUCCAACCUCCUACUAAGGUCGCUGACGCUCGAAGGAACAGCGUCAAGGACUCGAGAGACAACAGAGACAUCAGGGACAGCGCUAGUGAAGGGCACACAAUGGCCGAGAGGGAUCUGGGAAGCACGCUUCGACUUCCGGCUCAACAUCCGCCUCUUUAUAGCCCGGACAGGAUCAGCGAUCGGGAAUCAAACUUUGACUCUCUCUAGGCAUCGAAGAUCGUACGAUUAUUAUAAAAAGAAAAAAAGAAAAAGGAUCCAGUCGACGGAGAAUCGUGGACGGAACCGCUGGACGGUAGCCUCCACAUGCUCAAAAUAAAAGAGGAAACGAGUCUUUCUUUCUCGAAACGAUUGCAAUUGUCGAGACGAAAUCAUGAAGCUUUAAUCGUCUAUUCUUAUUAAAUUAAAAAAGAUAUUUAUUGAUAGGAAAGCGUCUCGAAGGAAGAAAACUUUUUUCUCGAUCAUAAAACGUUCAAAAUGGAAAAAGAAAUUUUGAAUGUUAAAAAUUGAAAUUGAAAUUACGAGCAACGCUUUGCUCUAUUUAUUUAUAACGUAUACGUUUCAAUCGCGACAGGCGCUCUCUUUGCCGUCGACGGAAAUCUCUUUUUUUAAUCGAACGCAAAGAAGCUCAGAUUCAAAGAGACGCGCUGGUUACUUAUUCCCGUGCCAAAAUAUAACCAAUGAAAGGGAAAGCUGUGUAAGCUUUCCGACUGUCGUUUUCACGUUUUUAUUUUCUUCUAUUUUCUUCUUCCAUAAUGGAUAGCGGAGUAUACGAAACGUUGCUUAGAAAUUUGAUUGUUGCAAAGAAAUUUGGAGGAACGUUUCAUUUGUGUUUUAACACUUUCAGCUUCGUUUCGAUGCUGUUCCUUUGAAUAAUAUAUAAAAUUAUCGUGAAAUAAUGAAAUUUCCUGCAAGAGUUUCGUGAUCCUCCGCAAAGGCUACACGCGAAUCGACGCGUAAACUGAAGGCAGUGUCAUAAGUCGUGAACGGCGCCGAUCGCCGCGGAUUCGAGAACCGCUCGCGAUCGCUCACGAGAGCAGACAUUUAUUAUUAUUGUUGUUAUUGUUUGUUUGUUUAGUCUAUUCUUUGGCGGGUCUCGUCAUGUUGCCCGGCUUCGUCGCAGCGUGGUAAAUUCAAUGCGAUCGAACGAUCUGAUCAAUCGGAACCAUCUAUUCGAUCAAUCAAAUUACAAAUUCUUCUAGCUCGAUGGAAAUAGUGUUGAAAUUCUAACUGAAUUUUUAUAUUACAAAGAAAUCGAGUUUAUAUAUAAUCAAUAAUUCUUUAAUUAAAUAUUGUAUUUGAGAAUCUGGUUCGAUUCAUCAUUUCUCGACGUCGCAUCGAACAUUUCCUCGUCAAUUAGCCUCGAUCAAUCUUCUUGAUUGACAAUUAAAUUGCCAUGGUUAAUUGAAUUUCGAAUGUUCGCCAAUUAUAUUUUUUAUCGAGACGAAGCCGCGGCAACGUCGCUGAAUAAGACUCGAGGAAGAGCCAGCAGUACGUGUUUUACAUUUUUCAUCCCCCUUCCCCCCCCCAUCCCCCUUUUUUUAUUUAGCUCAAUAGGUAAGUAGCGUAUGCGAAUGUAAUACGGAGGAUAGGUGUGUAUUAUUAACGAUGUUAUUUCUUUCUGAUAAUUAUUUUUCUCCCCUCUUCUCUGUAAAAUCGCGUUUAACCAAAAGAACCAUUUCGGUAUUGUCUUGUUAAACGAAGGCGAUUAUGCUCGUACCUUUUAUCGCGAACUAACUAACUCGUCGAAAAUCAAUUGUUCUUUAUACAUACAGCAUACAACAUGUACGCCUAGAUAUUAAUUUUAUACAUAUACAUAGAUUUACAAUGAUAUACAUAUGAAUAUAUUCUGUUGUACAUACCGUCUCCACGAGAAACCUCUUCUACUUAAUGUUAUUGUAAUUUUGUAUACUUAGUGUCUGUAUACUGCAACGUAAUUUUAAUAAAACUAAAUAAUA